AUGGAAAAGGACGCCGAUGGUUUCUACACACCAAUCGCUGAUGGUGCAGGGGCCUCUGCUGCUGCUGCUUCUCAGCCUGGCCCCAACAGCGACCUCAUCAAGUCCACUUUCGAGGUUGAUGUGACUCUUGCGGACCAACAGGGCGAUCCAAACUCGCCUCUCUUCAGCGCAAAAACGUUCGAGGAGCUCGGUCUCCAUAAUGACCUACUGAAAGGAAUCUACGACAUGGGUUUCACCAAGCCAUCGAAGAUCCAGGAGCGUGCAUUGCCUUUGAUGUUGUCUAAUCCCCCAACCAACAUGAUCGGACAAUCUCAGUCCGGGACAGGCAAGACGGCCGCGUUUGUAUUGACAAUGCUCAGUCGCGUGGAUUUCUCCAAACCGCAGCCUCAAGCUAUCUGUCUUGCCCCAUCCCGCGAACUUGCUCGACAAAUCAUGACCGUGGUCAAUUCGAUGGGCAAAUUCACCCCUGUGCAAACCGAGUACGCUAUCAAAGAUAACCUCGCACGGGAUUCGGGUCCAGUCAAGGCCCAUAUCGUCGUUGGAACACCAGGCACGAUGUCCGACCUCAUUCGGAAGCGCAUCAUCGACCCGAGCGGCAUCAAAGUUUUCGUGCUUGACGAAGCCGACAACAUGCUUGACCAGGAUGGGCUGGGUGAUCAGACGUUGCGUGUUAAAAAUCAACUACCACGCGAUGGCCUCCAGAUUCUGCUGUUCUCGGCCACAUUCCCCGACCAUGUCCGCAACUUUGCUUCCAAAUUUGCGCCGAAUGCGAACAAAAUCGAGCUCAAGAAGGAGGAGCUGAGCAUCAGUGGCAUCCGGCAAUUCUACAUGGACUGUAAGAACGAGGAGGACAAAUACGAUGUCCUUGUCCAUCUGUAUGCGCUGUUAACUAUUGGCCAGAGCAUUAUAUUCUGUCAGCACAAACACACGGCUGACCGUAUAGCCGCACGAAUGACUGCAGAAGGCCACAAAGUCGCUUCCCUACAUGGUGCCAAAGAUCCAGCGGAGCGUGACUCGAUCAUCGACAAUUUCCGGGACGGACGGGAAAAGGUCCUAAUCACGACAAACGUCAUCGCGCGGGGAAUCGACAUCCUGCAAGUGAACAUGGUGGUCAACUACGACCUCCCCCUUAUGUACGAGCGCAACUCGGGUGGUGGCGGGCCUGGCGGGGCAUUUGACAAACCUGACAUCGAAACUUAUAUUCACCGUAUUGGCCGAACGGGGCGAUUCGGGCGGCGCGGUAUUUCAAUAAACUUCGUGCACGACAAGAAGACGUGGCAGCAGAUGGAUCAGAUUGAGAAAGCCACGGGCAAGCAGAUAACACGGAUUGAAACGGGCGAUGUCGACGAGAUGGAGAGGAAAAUGAAGGAAGCACUCAAGUAA